AAGAGUCCUGACAGAUCCACACUCCAGACAGCUGGUGGCGGUAAUGCACCAUAAAGGUGUUUGCACACCGCCAUAAAACUCUAACGAAGAAGAGGAAGAAGAGGACGGGAGUUGGAAGUUGGAGGUAUCUUCUCGUCCUCUAAAAUGCCUCAGUUACAGCAGCUGAAACUGUUUGUCAAUGAGCGACUGACAGCUGCAGCAGAGGAGAUCCUCGGUGCUGUGGAGAGAACCAUCAUAGAGUAUCAUAACGAGCUGUAUGAGUCAAAGGAGGAGAAACACAGUGUGCUGCUGACGCUAGCUGGAGGCUCCAAGCAGGAGGAAGAGGAGCAGAUCACAGCAGUCUCCCAGGAGGUCAGCAUGCCUGAAGCCUCCACGCAGCCAUCACACACUGAAUACUGUCAGGUGUUGGUGCAGCAGGAGACAUCAGGACCAGGAUUUCCAGAGUCUCAGGAACACUGGCCCAAUCAGGACGAAGGGAAACUGCAGGACCUGUUAGAAGGUGAUGCUGUUGCUUGUUUAAAGUAUGAACAGAGCACGGAGUCAUCUUCUUGCUGUCAGACCCAAACUGUGGCCAGCGGAGACGGAGAUGUUCUUCCUGGCACUUCAACUGAGUGGAUGAAAACAGAGGAGGAAUCAGACGGCUAUGGAGGGUCCGAUUUCUUGCAGCCCCUCUCUUCGGAAAAUGGGGAUGGAGAUGAUACCGGUGAUCCCAGCUUGAGCAUAAAAAAAACGACUAAUCAGAGACCUUUGUGUUGUAAGCUAUGUGGAGAAUCUUUCCACCACAGGAGUUCAUUAAUGAUGCAUGUUAAAUCACAUGCAAACAACACAGCCAUUCCCUGUCCUUCAAAGCAUUCAACGUCUGCAGGAAGUGGGACUGAUCCUUUAGAAACACACAGGGAGGACAAUCUGUGUUACGUCUGUGGAAAAACAUAUACACAAAGGUCCCACUUAAAAAGGCACAUGCUGAUUCACACGGGUCAGAGACCACACUGUUGUAAAGAAUGCGGCAAAAGAUUUGCACGAGUUGAAUGUCUGAGAAUACACAUGAGGAUCCACACAGUGGAGAGGCCAUUCGCAUGUAGUAUCUGUGGGAAAGGAUUCAGGCAAAGGAGCAACUUGGUAAAUCACAUGAGAACACACACAGGAGAGAAACCUUAUCGCUGCAGCAACUGCUCCAGACAGGAUGAUAAACAUAGCGUGCUGCUAACGCCAGCUGACGGUUCGAAGCAGGAGGAAGCGGAGGUGAUCACAGCAGUCUCCCAGGAGGUCAGCAUGCCUGAAGCCUCCACGCAGCCAUCGCACACUGAAUACUGUCAGGUGUUGGUGCAGCAGGAGACAUCAGGACCAGGAUUUCCAGAGUCGCAGGAACACUGGCACAGCCAGGACGAAGGGAAACUGCAGGACCUGUUAGAAGGUGAUGCUGUUGCCUGUUUAAAGUAUGAACAGAGCACGGAGUCAUCUUCUUGCUGUCAGACCCAAACUGUGACCAGUGGAGACAGAGAUGUUCUUCCUGGCACUUCAACUGAGUGGAUGAAAACAGAGGAGGAAGCAGACGGCUAUGGAGAGAUCGAUUUCUUGCAGCCCCUCUCUUCAGAAAGUGGGGAUGGAGAUGAUACCGGUGAUCCCAGCUUGAGCAUAAAAAAAACGACAAAUCAGAGACCUUUGUGUUGUAAGCUAUGUGGAGAAUCUUUCCACCACAGCAGUUCAUUAAGGAUGCAUGCUAAAUCACAUGCAAACAACACAGCCAUUCCCUGUCCUUCAAAGCAUUCAACAUCUGCAGGAAGUGGGACUGAUCCCUUAGAAACACACAAGGAGGACAAUCUGUGUUACGUCUGUGGAAAAACAUAUACACAAAGGUCCCACUUAAAAAGGCACAUGCUGAUUCACACGGGUCAGAGACCACACUGUUGUAAAGAAUGCGGCAAAAGGUUUGCACGAGUUGAAUGUCUGAGAAUACACAUGAGGAUCCACACAGUGGAGAGGCCAUUCGUGUGUAGUAUCUGUGGGAAAGGAUUCAGGCAAAGGAGCAACUUGGUAAAUCACAUGAGAACACACACAGGAGAGAAACCUUAUCGCUGCGUCAUCUGCUCCAGACAGUUUGCAUAUAAGAAGGACAUGAUGAGACACAUGCAAGUCCACGCCAAGAACAUGUGAAAUUCAUUCACUGUUUGCUGUAUUUUUCUUCUUUGGAUAACUGGCCAUAUGUAGGCAGUGUGGAGCUACAUUAGAUGUUGUCAGUAGAAAACGUUACACAGAUUUAAGACACUGAGGUCAAACAUUUUGGUAAUUUAGAACCAAAUAUGAAUCUCUUGUGCAUCAGCUGAAACGUGUUGGUUUUCUCGGAUCACUUGCCACUGUACCUGUGGUACAUUUCUGCAUUUGGCGCCUCUAUGUGAACAGGCCAAUCUCUUUUGACUAACAAUACUGUCCAUUUUAUAUUUUCUAAUUCUUUUGAGAAUAUGUGUCAAAGUGGAGGCAGAUUUGCAGUCCAUAAGAUAUGGAACUAGAGCAAAGAGUUUAGAAGCAAAGAGGCGAAACUCUGGUGCUUUUUUGGCAAUGGUUGCUAAAUGACGCUGCAGUAGCGCUUCCGCCAUUUUGGACUGUAAACGCCAAUGAGUCCAUAGUCAUGGAUGUAUAAAGAGACGUCUUUGAAUCAGAGGAUACCUUUUUGUUUCAGGACUGCACUGCCCUGCACGCUCAUAUGACAUAUCCGGUUCUGCCAGCUUCCUGCUAGUUGUAUGCCGCUGUAAUAAUGGAUAUAUUGGCUGUAAUUCAUCACUAGUAGCGCUAGUAGCAUGACAUAAACAGAAUUUAAUGUAGUUGAAGGCUAUUUACUAACACGCAGGGCAAAAGCACAGGGCACAACCUCUUAUACAUCCUUGGUCUAUGGUCUAUUGGACAUCCAUUUUUGAGGUCCUUGAUAUGAAAAAGAUUGAGAUUGCUCUCAGAAUCGGUGUGGUGGAUUUUUCUAACUUCCAUUUAUGUCCAUCGCUCACUUUAUGCUUCUCUGGGAAGCAGCCGGGCAAAAUAGUUUAAUAAAUAAAUAAGUA